CGGAAGUGUCACUAGCCGCUAAUUUCACUGUGCUAAGGCGGAUCCCUUUCUCUAGCGUCUUUGAAACUUUGUUCCGAAUCACACAUCCUCUUUGUUAAACACAAUCAUCAGCCGGUGACAAAACCGACAAGAGUGGAAGAGCAUGGGGGACAAGGAACUGAUGUGGGCUUUGAAAAAUGGUGAUUUGGACGAGGUGAAAACGUUACUGAAGAAGGAUGAGGAUGUAAACCGAACGUUGGAGGGUGGUAGAAAGCCCCUGCACUAUGCUGCGGACUGUGGCCAGGCUGAGAUGGUGGAGUUCCUGCUGUAUAAAGGAGCAGAUGUGAAUGCUCCAGACAAACAUGGCAUCACUCCAUUGCUGUCUGCCACUUAUGAGGGUCACCUUGCCUGCGUCAAAAUCUUACUAGAGAAGGGUGCUGACAAGGAGAGAAAGGGACCAGACGGGCUGAGUGCAUUUGAGGCAGCAGAGAGUGAUGCUAUAAAAGCCCUGCUAAAAUGAGGCUCAGCCCAUAGGCCUGCAGCUGUGAGGUGGAAGCAGACACUUGGCUGCCACCAGAAAGAUCACACACACUCAUGCACACGUCUUCACCUCUGCCUGGUGGCUGCCACGUUGUCUUCUGGGUGUUCUUUUUGUGUUCCCUUUUUUUUAACUUUAUUAUUAUUAUUAUUAUUUUGGGGGAGUGGCUGUAUAAAUACUCUGCUAGCUGUGAGGAACCUGUUAAUCUCCACUCCUGCGUACCACUAAAAACACACUUGGCGCACUUAUUUACAGAACAAAGCUUUCACAUCUCGCAAAUGGUCCCCAGCCAAAGUAUCAGCAGAGAAAAUGAUGUAAAUGUGUUUUGUACUGAAAGAGGCUGGCUUUUAAAUUUAGAGAAUUUGAUGUCUAAUGCCUAGUACCAUAUGUGAUCAGGGGUGGCAUAUGGGAUGAGUAGUGGCAUGGCAAAUAAAUUGUUAACCCUCUCCCAGUUUAAAAAAAGAAAAGAAACCCACAUCUACUUCCUGUAAAAAUGUUACAUUCCCACAGAGCAGUCUUGAAAACCUCUACUAACAAUAAUACUACAAAUAAUAAUGAAUAAGAAAAGGUAUUGAAACCAUUUCAUAAGUCUGCACUUCUUCUUUUGUCUGCUCAGUUAUGUUUGUACUGUUGAAAAUGUGGGUUAAAAAGAAAAAAAAAAAAGGCUCAGAGUUUUCUGUUGAGAGUGAAUGGAACCAGCCGAGCACUUCUGCCACUGAUAACGAUGGACUCUUCUGCUUGCCCGACUGCAUGCUAAUGCCUCUGCUCCUACACUCUUUGGGGGGGGGGGCUCUGUGCUUUUCUCUUGCUUGCUCACUUUCUGGAUUUGUUUUUGUAUUUUUUUUUUCUUUCAAGUUGCAAAUUCAACCAUGAAACAAAACAAAAAAUACCAGUUUAAAGCUUUCUAUCUGGCUUCAUUAUGAGAAAGUUGGUGAAAAAAGUGAAUAAAAAUUUUAAUUUGAA